CCCACACUCGCACUCAAAAGUGCCUCGACAAAGUCCGAGGCUCUCCCAAGCCUCUCGUAGACUGCGCCCAUCUCGGCCGCAUCAAAUUCAGAACAGUGCCUCGGUGCGGGUGUCUAUGCCGCGUGCAUGCGCUAGAAGCAUAGAUGUCUCCACCUAAUUGCACGCUCUGCUGCUCGAAGUGCAGGGGUAAUGCCUCAGCAGGUUCCUCAAGAGUGCGCAAAGAUACUAACCCCUACGAGGUUUACUGCAAUUUCUUACCGGCCGGGACCGUCACGAUUCCUCUGCAAUCUGGCGAAGUUACAUGCUCCCACACGCAUGCUGCUGACGGAUGGCACUACCUGCCCUCGGCAGUAGCUCUAGAGCCUACACUAGUCCCUAACGACGCACCUCUCUUGAGGCUUCGUCAACUGGAGUUCCUCGUUAAACAUCGCUUCAUCGCAGCCACCUGCAAGCUCGACCAUAUCUCGAAUGUCCUAUACGUUAGAGUAUACCUCAUCCCAUGGGACCUCCCUGGGGCCCACGGAGAACUGCGCGUGCGCAAUGAGGUAUCUGUUGUUGUACCCGCUAGGCGGCACCUGCGCAGUCUGCUUGCAGAGAUCAUUCAAGACGACGACGCCUGGGAUGCUCUCCCUCCGCAAGAUGUCGUCCCAGAAGCCGAGGCCACAACAUUGAAGCAGCGACAUUUCCUCACAGAUGACACGGAUAAUCGUACGAUGGCCGAGAUAUACAAUGAUCUACGUUCCCCCAAGCCACCGGCAAAGUUUAGAAUAUACAAGAUCGCUGACAUGCGAAGUGUCCUUUAUACGUAUCAGAAGGAGACAGUAGCAACGAUGCUCGCCUGGGAGCUCGAACCGUCUAGCGCCGCGGAUCCGCUCUACAUCCCUAUAACGGGGAUCGACGGAGCAGUGUUCUACCUCCAACCAGAGACAUUCGAAAUUCAGCAGGAAUGCCCGAGGGUCGUGCAGACGCGCGGCGGCAUCCUCUGCGAAGAACUCGGCACCGGCAAGACCAUAAUGAUACUCGGCCUUAUCCUCGCCACGCGCAACCAGCUCUCAAGCCCCGCCGAGUCCAUCCUCGAUCCGCGCCCCGUCCUCACGCCUCUCUCCCUCCGCCACUUCCCCACCGGCGAAGAGGCCCAAGCGCGAGAGCGCCUGCUCCAGGGCCGGGGGAGCUCGGCCAGGCUGCACACGCACGCUAACAGAGCCGAGCCGAACACGAUCCCCUCGCUCGUUGAGCACCUCCUGCACUACUGCGCGGUGCGCCCUGAUGCAGUACAACUUUGGCAGCACCAGGAACAGCUGGAGCAGCGUGACCUGUGGAAGCCGAUCAUCCGGAACAGUCCGUUCUACCACCACUACGAGGUCGCGAUACCGGGGGUGUCGCGCUCGAAGCGGAAGGAAAGCAACCCUGGCCCGAGGGUGAUGUAUCUCAGCGCGGCGACUAUCGUACUCGUCCCGGAUAACCUGUUCCAUCAGUGGAAGGGCGAGAUCAUGAAGCACUGUCAUGAUGUUCUGCGCGUGUUAGAGGUAACGAGUCGAAAGCUGCCGCAUGCGGCGAAGCUAGCCUCGGAUUACGAUAUCGUCCUGAUGACCUACCAUAGCUUCUCCCUCGAAGCGGCCGCCAAUAAGGUUCACGAGCUACAUUCAUGGAAAGUCUGCGAAUGCCCGCGCCACCGCAGGACGCGCGUUCCGGAUUGCACCUGCAGUGCGAACGGCGACGCCUCAAAGGUGUCGCCGCUCCUGCAGGUGCGCUGGAAGCGCCUCGUGAUCGACGAGGGCCACGUCUCCGCGAACAAGAACUCGAAUCUGAUAACGUUGUCGCGGGUGCUCAGCGUCGAGCGGAAGUGGAUCGUGACCGGCACACCGACGCCGAACCUCCUGGGACUCCACCACGGCCAGGGCAGCGAGCUCCAGUACCCCGAGGAUCCCGACGAGCCUAACACCGAGUCCACCGACGAGGAACUCAGUGCACGACGAUGGACCCCGGAUGAUCGGCAGGACCUGAACAAGCUUUCGACGAUGAUGGUGCACUUCCUGGGCGUGCCGCAGUUCGCGACGGACCCGAAGCUCUUUGAGAGGCUCGUCAUCUCGCCCCUCAUGGCCCGCAGCGGACCAAGGACCGGGGCUAUCCAGGUGUUGACGCAGGUCAUGGAGACGAUGAUGAUCCGGCAUCGAGUGGAGGAUAUCGAGAAUGACGUGCUGCUCCCGUUGUUGAAUCGCGAGACGGUCCUGUUGGAUCUGGACCCGUAUGCGCUCAUGUCCUACAACGCGAUGCAGGCUAUGAUUGCUGUCAACGCGGUAGACUCAGAACGCAAAGAUCAGGAUUACUUGUUCCACCCUGCGAACGCGGCUCCACUGAACCAACUCGUGGACAACAUGUCACAAGUCAUGUUCUGGCACGUAGAUGAUCAAUCGUCAUUCAACGUCGACGAAAUCGCAGGAAGAGCCAAGGUCUUCAUGGCCAACCUGGCUGAGCGUGGUACCUCCGAAGCGGACCGUGUUCUCAUGGAACAGGCCUUGAAGCAUGUUGGGUUGGCUGCGAACAACAUCGUAUGGCGACAGAUGCAAAGAAAUGCCUUCGUGUACCAUCGCAUCCAAGGGAUUCCCGACCCUGCUGUGUACCGCGCCUGGACAACGUUCGCGUCCUCCGCCGCGGACAACCUCGCCGGACACGACAUGAUGCUGCACUCCGACAGAGCCCUCCGCUUCAAGCAGUUCGUCCUCAGACACCCUCUCUACUCAGUCGACCGCCUAGUGCUGGGCGGGAAGGACGUCCAGGAGGAGGAGCGGCAACGGCUGGCGCUGCAGCGGAUGGAGGAUGCGCGGAAGAAGAAGAGGAAGAGGAAGAGCGAGGGCAGCGCGCACCGGAAGGAGGUCGAGACCGUCAAGCAUGUGGUGGCGACCCCGGAGAAGCGGGAGGAGCUCCGGAAGGAAUACCUAGCUAGCUGGGAGAAGUUGCAGAAGCACUAUGAGCAGGACGAUGAGCAUGCGCAUAGCCAGAGUGGCUCUGCGCCUGCGCGCCCGAAGACAACGUCGUCUUGGCUCCUUGCGUCCUCUCCCAUGGCCUCUGUACGCGUGGGCAAAUCGACGUCGACGAAGUUAGACUACAUUAUCAACGAAAUUCGGCAGCACUCCGCGGACGAGAAGUUCCUCAUCUUCUCUCGCUCACCGCUGACCCUGGCCUACGUCUCCGAGGGCCUCGAGCUGAUGGGCAUGAAGUACCUGCAAUUCACUACGAAGGUGCCCCGGGAGCAGCGGCAGCACAAUAUCGUCACCUUCGAGACGUCAGAGCUGUACCGCGUCUUCCUGAUGGAGCUGCAGCACGGUGCGCGUGGUUUGAACUUGAUCGCCGCCUCCAGAGUGAUCUUCUGCGAGCCGGUGUGGCAGGCGGAUGUUGAGAGUCAGGCAAUCAAGCGUGUGCAUCGUAUCGGGCAGAAACGGCCUGUCACUGUGAAAACACUGGCCAUCCGAUCUACGCAUGAAGAGGUGAUGGUCUCUCGCAGGGAUGCCUUGCUGCAGAGCGGCGCCGGCGCCGUCAAGCAGCCCAAACUGACCGAGGACACCCGCAUUCGCGACUUCAUCGCCAACCCAACCUUCCUGUCCGAGACGUCCAACCCGAGGUUAGAGAUUGACUUCCCCCUCUUCGACAUACAGCCUCCAGAACCUGAAGUCGCUCUUGAGGCCUCGCGUUCGCUUAACGGUGUUCAGCCAACUGGGACUGCUGACCCGCACGCAAGAGACGUCGUGGUUGUCAACAGCACGAAUCAACGGCCAGGAGCUGAGCCUGAAGCUUCUGGGUCUAAAGAGGAGCCACCUCGCAAGAAGGUGCGGGUCGUUAGGUUUUGAGUAGUACUAGUGGGAACAUCCUAGUUCUUGGAUAUCUAUAGUGUAGUAAUGCUUGUAGUUCCAUGUCACAUCCUCCUUGUUUGUGUUUAGGUCACCGUUGUUUGCUUCGCUCUCGAUCGCUACUCAU